CAGGAAGGGGUUGUGACCAGCAAGGUGACACAUCCUUGCCUGGCCAGCCAAAUAGCAACUGAUCGGGGGACAAGGAGCCAGGGCCACCUCUCCCAAGGGCUGCAGAAUGGACCUGUGCCACCCAGACCCAGCCGAGCUGAGCAGCAGGGAGGCAGAGGAGCUGCAGCGGAUCAAAUGGCACCGGAAGCAGCUGAUGGAGGACAUCCAGAAGCUGAAGGACGAGAUUGCGGAUGUGUUUGCCCAGAUCGACUGCUUCGAGACCGCAGAGGAGAGCCGGAUGGCCCAGAAGGAGAAGGAGCUGUGUCUCGGGCGGAAGACGUUCAACAUGGACCCCAUGAAGGGCAUCCAGUAUCUCACUGAGCACAAGCUGCUGACCUCCAACGUCCAGGACAUCGCCCGGUUCCUGUACAAGGGCGAGGGCCUCAACAAGACAGCCAUUGGCACCUACCUGGGGGAGAGGGACCCCGUCAACUUGCAGGUCCUGCAGGCCUUCGUGGACUGCCACGAGUUCGCCAACCUCAACCUCGUCCAGGCUCUCAGGCAGUUCCUGUGGAGCUUCCGGCUGCCCGGUGAGGCUCAGAAGAUCGAUCGUAUGAUGGAGACGUUCGCCGCUCGCUACUGCCUCUGCAACCCUGGCGUCUUCCGCUCCACAGACACCUGCUACGUGCUCUCCUUCUCCGUCAUCAUGCUUAACACCAGCCUGCACAACCCCAACGUCCGAGACAAGACGCCCUUCGAGCGCUUCGUGUCCAUGAACCGGGGCAUCAAUGACGGAAGUGACCUGCCAGAGGAGCAGCUUCGGAACCUCUUCGACAGCAUUAAGAGGGAGCCCUUCUCCAUCCCUGAGGACGACGGCAGUGACCUCACCCACACCUUCUUCAACCCCGACCGUGAGGGCUGGCUGCUCAAGCUGGGAGGCCGUGUAAAGACAUGGAAACGACGCUGGUUCAUCCUUACUGACAACUGCCUCUACUACUUUGAGUUCACCACGGACAAGGAGCCACGGGGAAUCAUACCACUGGAAAACCUCUCAGUACAGAAGGUGGAGGACCCCAAGAAGCCACAGGGUGCUGGUCCUGCCCAAGUGUGUUGUCCCACUGAGGCCACUGGGAGUCAGCCCAGCCUGCUCCUCCCCCUGCCCUGCUCUCCUCUUUGCACCCCGCCCCUGCCAGUUCUGCCUGGAGCUCUACAACCCCGGCUGCCGGGGCCAGAAGAUAAAGGCUUGCAAGACAGACGGGGAUGGCAAGGUGGUGGAGGGCAAGCACGAGUCCUACCGGAUCUCGGCCUCCAGUGCCACGGAGCGUGACCAGUGGAUCGAGGCCAUCCGAGCAAGCAUCACCCGAGUCCCCUUCUAUGACCUGCUCUCUGCUCGGAAGAAAAAGAUUGCCAGCAAGCAAUGAGCUUCUCAGGAGGUGACACUGGAGACCGGGUGUCCUGGGGCCCCCAUGACCUCUGGAAUCUGGAGACUCACCUCCCAGCCCAUGUACCAUUUCCUGGUCACAGACCUCCCCCCUCCCCAUGCUGGAGCUGACUGUGGUGGGAGACAGAGCCCAGAAAGGAGGACAGGAGCCCCCGAGAGCACGAGUUCACAACAAGGGCCCUGGCACCAGCCACUGCCAGGCCCCCAUCUUCAAAUUGAGCUGGGCCCUCUCAGCAGGAUCAGGGAGCUCAGACCCUCAGACAGGACCCUGGGAGGUGCCAGGAGCCCAGGGCCUAGAGCACUGCAGCCUUGUACCCUAUCUCUGACCUGCUGUGUACUCUCUGGCCAAGGCACGCCCCAUCUCCGGGUUUUGCAAAACUGCAGCAUUUGAACUAGAAGUGUCUUGGCCCAGCCAGCUCUGUGGCCCAGCUUCCAGCUGGAGAUGGGAUGCUGGUUUACUGAGCCAGGCUGGUUGGGUUGAGGCUGCUGAGGGGAGCAGGCAUCCCCUAUCCCCAAUGAUGUCAAUUUGAGGAAAGGAGCAGGAAGGACCCACAAGGAUAUGACAGCAUCCAGACAGCCAGGACUCAAGCAGGACUGUGAAGCCAAGAAGAGAGAGCUCUACAGCUGUGGUCAGCAGGAAGGCUGCCUAGAGGCAGCAGCCAGGACAACAAAGGGCUGGUGCAUAAAGAGACAGACUCUCACCCAUGGCUUCCCUGCUAGAUUACCACCCAUGGUGGUGAGGGGCCUUGCAAUGGGUCCUGGCAACCCCAAGAUCCUCUGCAGCCAUAUGGCAGAGUAGGGCUGACUUCCCAGUACCCAGUGGGCAUCUCUGUCCCUGGGGAGGCCUGCCUGAAGGAGGAUUCUGCGAAUAGACUUCUCAGAAGAACAUCUCUCACCCACACAGACCAGGGGAGCCCCUGAAGGGAAACUCCUGCCUGCUGCCAGCCUGAGUGGGCAAACCCCACUCAGCCCCAGGAGCAACUGGCAGGUUGCCAGGCAGCCAUCCUCCUCCUUGGCCCCCCUCCCCAGUGUACACUUUCCACAGGGUCAGGAUAGAGAACCCACAGUGGGAGGCGUGAGAUCCUGUCUGGAGGUCUACAAGCACCAGGGAGCCAUGCCAGCUGCAGGAGAAGCCUUGGUGGACUCAGGACUUCCACAGAUCACUCCAGCCUGAGAGUCGGGGGUCUGAAGUCCUCUCCUGCCUCUGGCACAUGUGGGCUGUGUGGCCUUAGUCCACUCCUGUCCCUCUCUGAUCCUCAGCUUCCUCCCCAUAACUGAGGGUGGGACCAUCGGUUUAUUUGCUGGGUAUGAGUGGUUGUUCUAAUGCUCACUCAGAAGCAAGAAUAAACCUCA